AUGGCAAAUACUUUCAGCGUGUCGUCGACGACACUGUUCAACAAUCACAUACUUUCCGACAUCAAGCUCAAGCAGAUUUACAAAGACACAGAAGCAACUGAGAGCUCCAUGGAAUUACACCACGAUCCCUCCGAGCUCUUUGAGUUUAUGCUAAAGUUCAUGUACUCCGACAACUACGACAAGGAUGUCUUGGCCAAGCUUGCCGCUGGAGAUAUGAACGAGCGCGGUUUCCUAUCCAGCAACAUCUACGGUCUUGCCGACAAGUAUGACGUCCCAAAGCUCUACAAGCCCGCAUGUGAAGAUCUCGAGGUGCUUCUUCUUGGCGGUGCGAGCAAUUGGAAAUUCGUAUCGACUAUGGCCACCCAAUACUACGAGAACCAACCUAAAGCCGAUACACCUAUGGGACGCGUCAUCGUAUCCGUGAUUCUUGCCAAUUAUGUCGACAAGAUUCACACGGCUGAUUUCGAAAAGACAUUGCUAGCGUAUCCCGUGCUCGCUGCGGAUAUUGCGCUCAAUCUACAACGCAAGAAGCACCUCAACGUGAUGCUAGGCUACACCCUCAUCACACGCAAUUGCUGCCGAAUAAAGUCAGCUCUCAAUCUCACGGUUCUUCGCAGGGGGUAUUUAGGGCAUGUUAUUGUACGUACUGCAAGACGGUGA